AAAAAGCCCCAAGAAUAUGCCAUUUUUCCCACAAACUCUUCUUCUUCCACUUUUCAAUAAAGCUUAUGCUCUGCCGUCCUAGCUAGUCUCUCUUUCUGUUUCCUCACACUCUCCUUGGAAGCGAAACAAUGGGUUGGGAAGGAGGUCUCAAAAGCAUGGUGUUGAUGGGUGCUUUUAUGGUAGCCAUGGUGGCUGUUCAAAAUGUGGUGUGCGAGGAAGGUGUUGAUCAUCGUGACUCAGCACGCAAUUUAGUUCAGAACGGUGGCUUCGUUCGACGAAGCGGCACCAACUUUGUUCUGAACAACAAGCGUUUCUACUUCAACGGAUUCAAUGCUUACUGGUUAAUGUUAAUGGCAUCUGACCCAGCAACGAGGCCCAAGGUCACUUCCGUUUUGCAACAAGCUUCCAGCCAUGGCUUAACCGUUGCCAGAACUUGGGCUUUCAACGAUGGAGCUUACAGAGCCCUUCAGGUUUCUCCUGGUUCGUACGACGAGAAAGUAUUCAGGGGAUUGGACUUUGUGAUAUCAGAAGCGGGAAAAAAUGGUGUACGAUUGAUACUGAGCUUGGUGAACAACUGGAAAGAUUUUGGUGGGAAAAAUCAGUACGUGGAAUGGGUGAAGCAGCAUGGUGAGUACGUGAACACUGAAGAUGAUUUCUUUACGCAUCCUUUGGCCAAACAACACUUCAAAAACCAUAUCAAGGCUGUGCUGACGAGAAAAAACACAGUAAGUGGGGUGGCAUAUAAGGACGAUCCUGCCAUAUUUGCAUGGGAACUUAUGAACGAACCCCGUUGCCAACACGACAACUCCGGAAAAGUUGUUCAGGAAUGGGUGAUUGAGAUGGCUGCAUACGUCAAAUCCAUCGAUAGCAAUCAUUUGCUUGAAAUAGGACUCGAAGGGUUCUAUGGUGAAGAUAAAAAACAAAUCAAUCCUGGGUACCAACUUAUUGGCACUGAUUUCAUUUCUAACAACCUAGUUCAUCAUGUCGAUUUUGCCACCAUGCAUCUCUACCCUGAACAAUGGCUGCCAGGCUCAAAUGAAGCUGCUCAGGUUGCAUUCGUUGACGAGUGGCUACAAAAGCACAUUGAGGAUUCGAAAAAUGUUCUUGGGAAGCCUAUUGUCGUUGGUGAAUUUGGGAAGUCAUGUAGGUCAUACAGUGUGGCUGAAAGGGAUAGUUACUUGAGCAAAAUGUAUAAUGCAAUAUACAGUAAUGCUAUCAGUGGGGGACCCUGUGCUGGAGGGCUUUUUUGGCAGCUCAUGGCUCAAGGAAUGGACAAUUUCUAUGAUGGUUAUGAAAUUGUCUUCCAGAACAGUCCUUCAACCACCAGAAUUAUUGAUCAACAAUCCCACAAAAUGUCAAGUAUUGCUUAGUACAAAACCAUUAAAUUCCACCACUACCUCACAUCCAUUUAUGUAGUAUGUUACAACAUAUAUUCCCCUUACUGGACGUGUUCCUAGGAAAAUACCAUGUGGUGUUAACAAAUUAAAGCGAGUGAAGGAAUUAUAUAUAUAUAUAUAUAUAUAUAUGGGUCCAAUGAUAUAUAUCAGGGACAGUUUGUAAGCAUUUUCCUUAAUAUGUACGAAAAUGAAUGUUCAUUU